AUGAGGAAUGUUACAGUUCCAUUGAUCGUUAUAAGGCACGAUUGGAUGCCCAAGGUUGUACAUAAGAAUAUGGUAUUGAAUAUGAAGAGACUUUUGCUCCUGUCGCUCGUCUUACGUCUGUUCGACCUCUCCUUGCCAUUGCUGCGCCCACAUGAGAAUGCUCUCUUCAUUCGUAAAAGUGAACGUGAAAUUGUUCUUCUACUUUUGUAUGUCGAUGACGUGAUCAUUACUGGAGUUAAUGCUGAUGGUAUCUUUGAUCUCAAGGCGUCCCUUCAUCGUACUUUUGAGAUGAAAGAUCUUGGUUCUCUCAGCUACUUUCUUGGUCUAGAAGUCAUAUCCACCGUUGAUGGCAUCUAUAUCUCUCAAGCCAAAUAUGCUUCAGAUCUUCUUGCUCGAGCCAAACUUACAGAUAGUCGCAUCGAAUCUACUCCUCUUGAGCCCAAUAUUCGAUUUAUUCCUAUGGAUGGCAUUGUUUUGGAUAAUCCUACUCUUUAUCGACAGCUAGUUGGAAAACUCAUCUACUUAACUAUCACCCGACCGGACAUUGCCUACCCGGUUCAUGUUCUUAGCCAGUUUUUAUCGGCUCCUCGUACUACUCACUAUGUAGCAGUUCUUCGCAUUCUUCGCUACAUCAAAGGCACCAUAUUCCAUGGACUUCAUUUUUCUGCCUAUUUAUCUUUAUCCCUUCAGGCGUAUUCAGAUGUUGAUUGGGCUGGUGAUCCCACUGAUUAUCGUUCCACUACUGGUUAUUGUUUGUUUCUUGGAGACUCCCUCAUUUUUUGGCAAGCUAAGAAGCAAACAUUUACUACUUGA